AUGUCUAUUACUCAGGGUGCCAUCGGGUUGGGAAUUAUUGGCAUUUGUUUGGCUCUGCUUGGUUUCUUUUGCACUGGAGAUCUUUUUUACGCUUGUUGCCGAAACAAAUACAAUAGCAAACUUCUUAUUAAGACCAUAGACAAAGGCAAUCGACCUGGAACUGGAGUUUCAAAUGUUAAAUUUUUUCCGCGAACUGAAAUUGUAGAACUUCUUGAAAGAAUUCUUCAACCUGAUGAAAAUCAAUCACAUUAUUACUUGAUCUGUGGUGAACAUGGAACCGGGAAAACUACAGUGGUCAGAACUGCAUCGAGUAUUGUUGAUCAUGGCGUCGUAUACGUUGAUAUUCCUGCUCGUAAUGAAAAUUUGGGCGUAGCAUUUAGGCAAGCUCUUAACUUUGCAUUUGAAGAGCGAAUCUCUUUUACAAAUCAAUUGAUACGAAAAUUGGGCAGUACUAGUAACGAUUCUGAUGAACCGAUGUGGCGUAGAGCUUUGGAAGCUUUUAAGCGUGGUGCUAAAGUGUAUAAAGCAAAACGUGGCAGACCUGCGCCAGUUGAUUCUAGAGAAUCCAAAAUCCUUGAUACCCUCCAAGAUGAUGCCAAAAAAAAUGCUGAUGACCAAAUAUACAUUGCGGUGUUUGUCAGUAGUGAAGGCGCGGUUCCGAGAAGAAUGAAAUCUCGUAGUUCCUGGUCACGAGCAAAAAAUCCACCAAUAGAAAUCGGUGACCUUAGCGAGGAAGAAUCAAUAAAAUAUCUGACUGAAAUACAUAAGAUCACCGAAAAAGCGGAAGAAUUAUAUCAAUUGGUCGGUGGUCGCAUUUUAGAGUUGAAAGAUGUUGCAAAUGAUUUUUCGUCAGGACAAUCCAUUGAAGACAUCGGGAAGAAAAUAUUACUUAAAGCCUAUGACAAAUUUAAUUCAGCAAAACUACUUAAAGAUCAAGAACAUCACGAGGCAGGAAAACGUGUAAUUAACGCUUUGUUGGGCUCCAAAGAAAGUAGUAUUGAGGAAUUUAAAGAAUUAUUCGCAAAUGAAAAGGAAUACGGUAAAGUUUUAGAAGCUAAUGUGUUUGCAUUUCAUCCAUCAAGAAAUACU